GUAUUAAGCGAGCUCAGUUCUCUUUUUUCUUGAUAAGCUUAUGUUACAUGUCGAUUAAAAUAAAAUGAGAGCUUCGUUCACUAGAACGACAGUAUCGCGAUGGAGGCACAACUAAUCGCAAUGCCAGUAGUUAGUAUUCUCCUAUUGUUUUUUCUCCCCUUACCAGUAUUAAACCAAUUUCUCGACGGCGAGUGCGGUGUUCAAUCCAAUGGACAGACAGUUAAACGAUCCUCGAGUCCCUGGAUAGCAUUUCUCCACACAACUGAUUUGAUAUUCGUGUGCACUGGAACUUUGAUCUCUCGCAAUCUGAUACUGACUGCUGCGCAUUGCAUAACGUCCAACACGCAACUAGUAGCUCGGCUUGGGGAGUUUAUGGGAACACUUGAGGAAAACCCUUUGCCAGUGUUGCAUGAUGUAAGGGAAUGCAGCAAGCAUCCAUAUUUCGAUAUGACAACUCAUGCGAAUGAUAUAGCUGUUUUGGAGCUUGCUACAAAAGUUGUUUACACAGACAACAUCAGACCAAUCUGCAUUGUGUGGGAUCGUUCGUGGAAACGCCAUAUGGAUAGCAUUCAAAUACUAAGUGGCCCUGUUCGGGGCAAGCCAGAGAACGACAAUGACGGUGGCAGCAGAAUCGUGGACAUCCGACGCCAGCCACCAGAAAUGUGCCACAACUAUAUGGGCACCUUCAGGGAGAAUAUAUCAAGCAGUGUGAUCUGUGCUGGGGACUCGAACAGUAAUCUAUGCAACGCGGACUUCAGCAGUCCUCUGGGAGCCUUGGUGCUUCAUAGGAAGUUACAGAGAUUCGUCCAGAUCGGCAUCGCCACAUCGAACCAGAGGUGCAACAUGCCCAGUAUCUACACGAAUGUCCUAAGCCACAUCGAGUUUAUCCUGCGAGCAUGGCGGCAUUAUAGCAAAGGUAAUAGUUCCUCGGGAGCAAGUUCACCUACAAAGUCACCGACAAAGUCACCAACAAAGUCACCAACAAAGUCACCAACAAAGCCACCAACAAAGUCACCAACAAAGUCAUAAACAAAGUCACCGGUGAAAUCACCGAAAAAAUCGCAGACUAAUCGUAAAUGCCUUUCGGUUGAGUAUCAUUAACUGAGUAGUCCCCAAGAAUGAAAUUUUUUUAGUGAUAUACAAUAGAUAAAGUGUUUUUAAAUAUUUCGAUAUUAUUCAACUACUGGCCUUUCAGGAAAGACAAAAUACUUUUUAAAAUGUCAGCGAGCUUAAACUGAUUUAGCCAACUAAUUAGAUUGCCUCAAGUAUUUACGAUUACGAUUGUAUGCGCCGUUUAGCUUGAAGUUUUUAUGUAAAUCGGUGUAAUAAAUUCUGAUGCAGCUGUGGCGUCUUCACAACUGCCUACUGAAGGCGUAAUUGAGCCAAGAGAAACUUUUUGAAACGGAUUUUAACAGCCAGCAGCAAAGAACAAUUAAUUUAGUAAUGCGCUGUGGCAAUGUCAUGUGAAACUGAAAGCUUACAGCCGAUAAAAUUUAAUUAUUCCCUCUGGUAGCUAAUUCAAAGAGUACCAAAUUACAGAGGACUUUACUAUUUAAAUACACGUCAUUUUGGAGAACAUGAGGGAGACGAUUUUUACCCUAUUUUCUCUGAACUUAAAUUGACUUGUGGCCUUCGCAUUAUUCAAUUAUUUACCUUUUGCAACUUAUCAGAUAGCAUAAAUAUUAAUUUCAUAAGUCCUUCAGUUGGCUAUUUCAAUUAAAAUGUGUACUUCAGCAAACCACUUGACAAUUAACACACUCUUUAAAUGACAAUUUCUUUGCCUCGGCUGUUGAUAAACUGCAUAAUUUAUGUAAUUUGCUGCACCGACAGACACACUCACGAGCACUUAUUGAUGACAAUUAUUUGAAAUACUUUUAAGUGAGUGGGCAACAAUUUAUUGAAUUAAUAAUUAACUGCAAUUGCGCAAUACAAAAUUUAUUUUAUUGCUGUCAUCAAGUGGCUGGGAGAAGCCAAACCGGGAUGGCCCUGUGCAUCAUUAACUAAUUUUAGUCGCAUUCAUAAUUUAAUUGAUUUAAAUGGGAAUAGCGAUUUCUCUGUCAAUUAUCGCACCCCAUGUGCACGAAUGUGCAGUUUUAGAAUAAUUGAUGACAUUUAAUAUUAAUUACACUUUACAAUUUAACUUGAAACCCUUAUUUGCAAAGAGCACAUCCCGUUUUUUCCCGUUGCAUGCCGGCAGUUCUCGAGGCUUUAACUAAUUUCAUUACUAUGCAUUAAUCAUGCACCGCAUGUUAAUAAAUAUUAAUGUCCUUCAGCUAGCCAGCGAACUGCCAAUUUUGGCCAUAAAAUUUCCGGAAAAUUUUGCAUAAAAGUGUACUGAUUUAUGGCAUUGCCAAAUAAAAAAAAUAAACAAGUUCAUUCUACCAGUAGGGUUGUAAAAAAAUCGUGCACAAAUAACAAUUAAUUAUCUAGUAAUGAAACGAAAGUGUUGCGCUUACUAUUGAAUCGACCUUACCUUACCUAUAAAAAUAUCAGUUUUGGCCUAACCAAAACAUGUAU